UAUUGUUGUGAAAUGAAAAGCAUGUUUAUUAUUUUCUGAAUAAAUCAUCGCAUCUUUUCUCAAAUAUUUGUCAAAUAAGAAGUUCAUAAUUUCAAAAUUAUAGUUAAAAUGCUUCUGAGAACUUUCUUUCAAGGAAUAUUAUUCAAGAAUAAUAUCACUAACUUUUCGAAGUUUUCAUGUAUAACCUUUUAUGAAAAUUAUUUGAGACUAUCCACAUAUGCAGAUUCUAAAACUAAAGCGGUUUCAACCUCUCGAAAUUUUCAUACAAGCCAUCCUAGACAAGAUUUAAUGGAAUUUUUUGAUGAUCCUAAGAACUUUGGUGAAAAAGAAGUUAAAUCAGGAAGAGCGUGGACAAUUGAUGAACUUCGUAUAAAAAGCAAUUCUGAUCUUCAUAAGCUAUGGUUUGUGUUGUAUAAAGAGAAGAACAUGCUUUUGACAAUGGAACAUCACUGUAAGGAAGAGGCAGAAUAUUUUCCUAGUCCUGAACGUAUUGAUAAAGUUGAAAUCAGUAUGGAAAAUUUAGAAGCUGUAGUAAGAGAACGAAAUGAAGCUUAUUAUUUAUUAGAAACUGGGAAAACUGGGGAACGACCACAUGGAUGGAAGGAAGAUUAUUUUGGAAGAUUUGACAUUGUACCUUUAAAGGAGCAUCUGAUUCCAAUGAAAGAAAAUAAAGAUUUUUUAGAAAAUGAAUUAUUUCCAACAAUGGAGACUGUUAAUCCAACAGUUCCAGAAUUCUUACUGAAACUGAAGGAGAAAGAAAGAAAUUUAGCCAGAGCAGAGAGACGAAAAACUAGAGGACAUAUUAAAAAACUAUUAAAAGAAUUCCCAAAUAUGGAUAUGGAAGCAUUACAAGAAGAAUAUCCUGAUAUUGAUGUGUAUGCAUAUAAAAAAUAUUUAGAAGAUAAUGAUGAACUAUAGAUUAAUUAUUUGUAAAGUAAAUAAAGUUAUUGGGAA